AAAAUUAAUGCUAAUCGAUCCUGUGUGCGGCGGCCGGACGCAUCGCGAAGCAACCAAGAAAAUCCCCACCCGUGUGACUUUCUCUUCCUCCACGCCUGGGCCUCAUCCUUCUCCCUCCCUGCCGCCUUGGAGCUCCGGCGCCCCGCACUCCGUCUUGCCGGCCGGCGGCGGCUCUGGCAGGCGGCGCAAAGCCACCAGAUUCAUGGCCAAGUCCGGUGCCCGUAAGGACGCCGCGCAAGUCCGGCCAUCGGCCACCUCGCCGCCGCCGCAGCACUCCCCCGGCGCCACAGCAAGCUCGUUCGCCAGCCGCUCUCCACAGCUUCUCUUCUACCCCGGCGCCCCGACAAGAUCCUCGGCCAGCCCCUCGACACCGCCACACCUGUACCCGCCUCUCAUGGAAUCCUCCUCAGCCAACCCUACAUGGAGGCCGAUGUAUACCUCUGCACCUGAAGGCCUGCUAAGUUUUGGACAAUUACCGCCCAUGAAUCCUUACAAUUUUCAACCUCAGCCAAUGCACCAUCAUGAACAAGGAUACCAAAAUAUGGAGAAUUUGCACUUUGUUGGUGCUUCCCCACAUGAUCCCUUUUCAACACCACCGCCACCACCGCACUCUAAUGUUUCAUCUCAGUCUGCUCCCACCAAAGUUGAUUCAAAGAAAAAGAAAAGGAAGGUCAAGAGUGUAGAUGCCGACGAAUCGGGAGCAAGGACCGCAUAUCGUCUGCCCUAUACACCCGAGGAACAUGAGAGACUGGCAGGUGCUUGGCUGGAGUGUUCACUCAAUCCCAUUGAUGGGAACGGAAAGAAGUCUGAGCAGUUUUGGGAUGACAUUGCUGCUCUAUACAAUACUGCCACACCAAGUAACCGCAAAAGAGAUCGGAAUCAGCUCAAGACGGAAUGGCAAAGGACCAAGAAAAGGCUCGCCGCUUUCCACGGUGAGUGGAUUGCCGUUAUGGGAGUGUAUCAUAGUGGUCACAAUAGUCAUGACCUGCAAAAAAUGGCGUUGGAGAAGUAUGAACGGAACUAUCACCAGCCUUUCCAACAUUUAACUAUGUGGGAAAAAAUCAAGGAUGAUUCAAAAUGGCUAGCCUCUUAUAAAAACAUGAUGGCAAAAAAAGGAAACAUGACAGAGACCGAUCUCCCAUCAAAUAUGAUCAACUUGGAGGCCGAAGAGCGCCCAAAAGCUGGUCGUGAUAAGGCUAAGGCUGAACGUGCUGGUAAAGGAAAGUCGGGAGGGAUCUCGCAAGAGCUUGGAGAAAGGCUAGACAAGUUCAUCGAGGUUAACAAUCAAUCGAAGGAGGAGCGCCAAAAGGUGAUAGACAGCCAGGUUCUUUUAUCAAAUCAACAGCUUGAAACCGCAAAGAUCAACAGCUUGAAGCAUAUUAGAAAUUGGCUCGGUCAGUUUGUUGUGUAAACCUGAUGGAUCGUUUAUCACUUUUGUUGUCCGGUCAGUUUAUUGUGUGCACCGAUCAGCUACUCUAAAAUUGAUGUGAACGUGAUGGUUUGCUGUUAGCUUU